CGUUACGACAGCCGCCUUUACGGCAGCGGGCGGGUUUCCGGCGCUCGGCGUCGCUUGACGGCAGAAGGAGCAGAGAGGGAGGAGGGAGGACAACAAAGGGGUGUGAGGGGCCGCGGCGGCAUGUGAGGGGCGGCAGCGCUGGGGGCGGCUCAGCAGGUGGGAAGAAUGAAAGGAAGCGGGGAUGAAAGAAUGUUGAACCUUUUUGUUUGGCUGUAUGAUGGAAGGAAACAGGACAGAGAACCUCUGCAAUAGAUCGUUUGGAUGGCUUCAGCGAGAAGAGAAUGAUGCUAAACCAUGGCUCUGGAAACUUUCUAAUUGCUUUUCUGCUGCUGAAAAGUCUUUGCCUUGCAGUGCGAAAACGAAGGAUUACAUGGAGAACAAGAAAGCUGCUGCAGAAUUGAAGGAUGCUUCAUUUCCUCAUAAUGCUGGCUCUAAACUGUUUCCAGCAGUACCGCUUCCUGAUGUUCAUCCUCUUCAGCAACAGCAAAUACAGCUUUCACCUAGCCCGAAAGUAAGCUGCUGUGCUCAUGGCUCUGACUCUUCUUGUACUCCACAAAUGCAUUGUGGUGGUGGUGGUGGUGGUAACUUGAUUCACCCUGGCACGAUAUUAGACUCAAAAAGCACUGGGACGAUUACGUGUCAAGUAGGGUCAGGAUUUGCUUAUCCGUCUGCACCUUCACUGAAGAGCCCUCCAACUAGAAGCAAUUUGGCAGGCAUUGCAAGUGAAUUCCCUGGCAUGUGCGUAGAAAACAGUGUAUCUUCCUGUCAACAUCUGCCCUGUUGUGGAAAACUCCAUUUUCAGUCCUGUCAUGGUAAUGUGCACAAACUGCAUCAGUUUCCAGCCCUUCAGAGCUGCACAUCUUCUGGCUAUUUUCCUUGUUCUGAAUUCACAACUGGGGCUACAGGUCACUUGGAUGAGCAUAUUGCACAGUCGGAGCUAACGUCGCGUGUGUGCGCCAACCCUUUGCACCUAAACAUGGCACCUUCAGUUUGUUUAAAGGGCUCUCACUACUGCAAUGACUGCUUGAGCAAGCCAACCAGAAACAACCUAGUUGAUGCUGCUAAAAUCUGGCCAAAUAUUCCUCCUCCAAGUGCACAGACUGCACCUGCUCCUAUCCCAAUAUGUAAUGGCUGUGGAACCAAAGGAACAGGAAAUGAGAAGAGUUUGCUACUGGCAAGCAGCCUUGGCAAAUCACCGCAGAAAUAUGGGUCUCCGGAAGUUGCAAUAACAGGCCAAGUUCUGGAAAACUUGCCCCCCAUUGGAGUCUUCUGGGAUAUUGAAAACUGUUCAGUUCCCACUGGCCGUUCAGCUAUAGCAGUUGUACAGAGGAUUCGUGAAAAGUUUUUUAAAGGUCACAGAGAAGCAGAAUUCAUCUGCGUGUGUGACAUUAGUAAAGAAAAUAAAGAAGUUAUUCAGGAGCUAAACAACUGCCAGGUGACUGUUGCACACAUCAAUGCUACAGCAAAGAAUGCUGCUGAUGACAAACUCAGACAGAGUCUUAGGAGAUUUGCUGAUACACACACUGCACCUGCCACUGUGGUUCUUGUGUCAACGGAUGUAAACUUUGCUUUGGAACUCAGUGACCUGAGACAUCGACAUGGUUUUCGGAUAAUUUUGGUACAUAAAAACCAAGCUUCAGAAGCACUUUUACAUCAUGCUCAUGAGCUUAUUUGUUUUGAAGAAUUUAUUUCAGACUUGCCACCAAGGUUACCACUGAAAAUGCCGGCAUGCCAUACCCUAUUAUAUGUUUAUAACCUGCCAACAAACAGAGACAGCAAAAGUGUCAGUAAUAGACUCAGGCGUUUGUCAGACAACUGUGGAGGGAAGGUGCUGAGCAUUUCUGGAAGCAGUGCAAUUCUCCGUUUUUUAAAUCAAGAAAGUGCUGAACGGGCUUGGAAGCGAAUGGAAAAUGAAGAUGUUUUUGGUAACAGGAUUGUAGUGUCUUUUACUCCCAAAAACAAAGAACUUAAUGAAACAAAAAGCUCCAGCUCUGUGGGAACUGAAAAGCUGAAGUCUCCCAAAAAAGUUAACAAGAAUACAAAGCUGUGCCUCCUCAACAAAGACUCAAGCGAUCAGUCUUCUGGUACCAAAGGCUCUGCUGGGAGAGGAUUCCAGACUCAUGGAUCUGUCAUCAAACCCACAAAUGUUAAAAGUUUACAGGAGCUGUGCCACCUUGAAUCAAAGACCAUCAGUAGAAAUACUGAAAACCAGCAAGAACAUUUAAGAGAACAAAUUCCUUCUCCUCAGAGUAACUCUAAUGCAGCAAUUCCUGUGUCUCUGACAACCAAAAAGAUUGGAAUGGGAGAAUCAUCCUGUAAAAGUAGUCAGAAAAAAGAGACCUCUGCUUCCAGGAGCAUUACCAAUUCUCCUGUAGAUAAAAAAGAUAAAGAUGAAACUGUAUUUCAGGUCAGCUAUCCCUCUGCUUUCAGUAAGUUGACGGCCUCCAGACAACUCAGUCCUUUGCUCAUGUCUCAGAGUUGCUGGUCAUCUCGGAGUAUGUCUCCAAACAUCUCAAAUAGAUCAUCUCCACUCACGUUUAAUGUAGUAAACCAUACCGGUGGUACAGACUGCCCUGAUCCUUUUGCAAAUGGUACAGACAUUCAGAUCAGCAAUAUAGAUUACAGAUUGUCCAGAAAAGAGUUACUGCAAAAUUUACAAGAAAUUUUCUCAAGACAUGGCAAGGUAAAAAGUGUAGAGCUCAGUCCUCAUACAGACUACCAGUUGAAAGCUACAGUUCGGAUGGAAAAUCUGCAAGAAGCCAUCAGUGCUGUCAACAGUCUUCACAGAUAUAAAAUUGGCAGUAAAAGGAUCCAGGUCUCAUUAGCAACGGGAGCUGCUAGUAAAUCACUCUCUCUGCUUAGCUCAGAAACAAUGUCCAUUCUGCAGGAUGCACCUGCUUGUUGUCUGCCUGUGUUCAAAUUUGCAGAAAUCUAUGAAAAAAAAUUUGGGCAUAAGUUAAUUGUAUCAGACUUAUAUAAACUAACGGAUACUGUGGCAAUCCGUGAACAAGGAAGUGGGCGGCUGGUGUGCCUUUUACCCAGCAGCCAAGCCCGCCAGAGUCCACUGGGAUCUUCACAGUCACAUGAUGGUUCAUCAGCAAACUGUAGUCCUAUAAUAUUUGAAGAGUUGGAAUAUCACGAGCCUGUUUGUAAGCAGCAUUGCCUGAAUAAAGACUUUAUUGAGCAUGAGUUUGAUCCAGAUUCUUAUAGAAUUCCUUUUGUGAUUUUGUCUCUGAAGACAUUUGCUCCCCAAGUUCACAGUCUUCUACAGACACAUGAGGGUACUGUGCCUUUACUAAGUUUUCCUGAUUGUUAUAUGUCAGAGUUCAGUGAUCUUGAAAUGGUGCCAGAAGGCCAGGGUGGUGUUCCUUUAGAACAUCUAAUUACCUGUGUUCCUGGAGUUAACAUUGCCACUGCCCAAAAUGGCAUUAAAGUUAUUAAAUGGAUACAUAACAAACCACCACCUCCUACUACAGAUCCUUGGCUUCUACGUUCUAAGAGCCCUGUAGGUAAUCCACAACUUAUUCAGUUCAGUAGAGAAGUGAUAGAUCUACUUAAAAGCCAACCGUCCUGCGUCAUACCUGUCAGUAAAUUCAUCCCAACAUACCAUCAUCACUUUGCAAAACAAUGCCGUGUGUCUGACUACGGGUAUUCUAAAUUAAUGGAGCUGUUAGAAGCAGUGCCUCAUGUACUGCAAAUUCUUGGUAUGGGUUCCAAACGCUUGUUAACUCUAACGCACAGAGCUCAAGUGAAGCGCUUUACUCAAGACUUACUGAAGCUUCUCAAAUCCCAGGCCAGUAAGCAAGUUAUUGUGAGGGAAUUCUUACAGGCUUAUCACUGGUGUUUCUCUAAGGACUGGGAUGUUACUGAGUACGGAGUGUGUGAAUUGGCUGAUAUAAUAUCAGAAAUUCCAGAUACAACCAUCUGUUUGUCACAGCAAGACAAUGAAAUGGUAAUUUGUAUUCCCAAAAGAGAACGUACACAAGAAGAAAUUGAAAGAACCAAACAAUUUUCUAAAGAGGUAGUAGACUUACUGCGCCAUCAACCUCAUUUUCGAAUGCCCUUCAAUAAAUUUAUUCCUUCUUAUCACCACCACUUUGGUCGUCAGUGCAAACUUGCUUACUAUGGUUUUACAAAACUACUUGAACUCUUUGAAGCCAUACCAGAUGUCUUACUUGUAUUGGAAUGUGGGGAUGAGAAAAUUCUCACGCUCACGGAGGUGGAACAAGUCAAAGCAAUUGCUGCCCAGUUUGUUAAACUGCUGCGGUCUCAGAAAGACAACUGCCUUAUGAUGACUGAUUUACUGACAGAGUACAGUAAAACAUUUGGAUACACACUGCGUCUUCAUGACUACGAUGUUAGCUCAGUUCCAGCUUUAAUGCAGAAACUUUGCCAUGUUGUAAAGGUUGUUGACACAGAGUCUGGCAAGCAAAUUCAGCUGAUAAAUAGAAAAUCUCUGCGGACUCUUACUGCCCAAUUGCUAGUCUUGUUGAUGUCCUGGGAUGGAACGUCCUUUCUUUCUGUUGAACAGCUUAAACAGCAUUAUGAAACAACCCACAGUACUUCACUUAAUCCAUGUGAAUAUGGAUUUAUGACCUUAACUGAACUCCUGAAGAGUCUGCCUUACUUGGUUGAAGUUUUUACCAAUGGUGCAACAGAAGAAUAUGUGAAGCUUACAAAUCUGUAUAUGUUUGCAAAGAAUGUAAGGUCCUUACUUCACACUUAUCAUUAUCAGCAGAUCUUUCUUCACGAGUUCUCACUAGCUUAUAGCAAAUACACAGGAGAAGUGCUGCAACCUAAAGCAUAUGGCUGCAAUAAUUUAGAAGAGCUCUUGGGAGCAAUUCCACAGGUGGUCUGGAUUAAAGGGCAUGGCCAUAAGAGAAUUGUGGUACUAAAGAAUGAUAUGAAAACUCGUUUUAGCUCACCUAGUUUUCCCCCUGCUGAUCAUGUGGAUGAUCAUGGAAAUCAACUUGCUGACAAUAAUGGACAUAUUAUGGAGACCCCAGGAUCCACUUCAUCAAUGGAACUAAGUCUAGGAACACCUCCUAACAACGUUUCUAAUCAAACUGAGCAAGAACUUCUUUGCCUCACAAAUACAUCUCCCAUUGACCUCUUGUGUGAGCCAGUUCCUUCCUGCCUACCAUCUCCGCAACUGAGACCUGAUCCAGUGGUUCUUGAGUCUGCAGACCUCAUUCAGUUUGAGGAACGCCCUGCCCCUCUCUCUGAGAUAAUGAUUUUAACAGAAGAAGAAAAACAAAGAAUUGUUACCACAGCUCAAGAAAAAUUGACCUCUGGUUCUGUGGUAUCUAACACCACAGAGAAUGCUUCAGUGUCUCCGUGUCAGUCCUCUGAAACCCAACUAAACAAGGAAGCAAUGGACAGCCCAGCCAAAAAGCAACAUAAAAACAAGCCUGUUGAGAAAUUUAACUUGCUGACCUGAAAUGAGAAGAGUGAGGGAGUUGAUUGUACUCCAGAGGAGAAACUUGUUCUCUGACCUUUCAGAUGACUUGUAACUGCAUUGGAAAUUCUUUUGUCUAAAGAUGUCUGUAGAAGAUUAUUUUGAUAAGAUGCAGCUACAAGUCAUCUGGAGUACUAAAGAAAACCAGGUUUUUGCUUCAGAGGAGAACAUGGUAUUUGUCAAAGUGAGUGUGGUGAUUAUACCAUUUAUGGAGGUCAGCAUAUCUUUUCUGGAUUCAUGUGUGAUUCUGAUGAAAUCGCUGUUUGAAAGUAAUAGAAUAAUACUUUUGAGAAGUUGUGUUCAUAGUGUAACAAAAUAGCUAAUUGAAUUGCAAUAUAUUUUUUUAUCCAAAGGGUUAAAUGAAUGAUGUGACUUACAGAUUUAAAAGCAUUGCAACCAUUAAAUUCUUUAAUUUAACAAUUAAAUGUACAACUUCAGAUUCAUGUCUGUUUAAAAAAAAAUUCACUGAAGCCCUCAAUUGAUGCACUAUCUUUUUCUUGGAAUGGGAGGGAGAAGAAAAAAUUCUUUUCUUAGCUGUCUACUUUGUUUGGACACUUUCUUUUGUGGCUCAAGUGCUGUUUUGUGUGUUGGGACCAAACAGUUGUGUCAAUAAAAUUUUCAAGCAA